AAGGGCAGGCCCCUGGGGGUUGCCACAGCCCCGCCUCCCCUCCCGGGAGCCCGGGAGGGGGCGAUGCGGGCAGGACGCCUGGGUUCCUCCCUCCCUCCCAUCCCAGGGAGAAAUUCCUCCGAGGUCCCCUCAGGCUCUGGGUUCCCAAAAUAACCCUGCGGGGGAAGGGAGGCUUGUGGAGGGAGGGAAGCGGGAGGGGCGUAGAGCCGAGCUGCGGGGUGCUGCAGGUGCCUCUGGGGAGAGGACGCGAGAAGAGGGCCUACGAGGGGUUGGGGCACAAACCAGUUCCCGGAGUGUCCUGGCUCGUCCCCAUCCCCGGGGAGCCCCUCGGCCUUCCCGCGACUCCAAGGGGGUCCGGUCGGAGCCCCUUGGGAGGCUUCGGAGUGCAGCUUGGCCCAGCCUCCCCGCGCCGGCGGCCAUGGCGGGCACCCUAGACCUGGACAAGGGCUGCACGGUGGAGGAGCUGCUCCGCGGCUGCAUCGAAGCCUUCGAUGACUCCGGGAAGGUGCGAGACCCGCAGCUGGUGCGCAUGUUCCUCAUGAUGCACCCUUGGUACAUCCCUUCUUCGCAGCUGGCGGCAAAACUGCUCAACAUCUACCAACAAUCCCGGAAGGACAACUCCAAUUCGCUGCAGGUGAAAACAUGCCACCUGGUCAGGUACUGGAUCUCGGCAUUCCCAGCAGAGUUUGACUUGAACCCUGAGCUCGCUGAGCAGAUCAAGGAGCUGAAGGCUCUGUUAGACCAAGAAGGGAACCGGCGGCACAGCAGCCUCAUUGACAUCGAGAGUGUCCCCACCUACAAGUGGAAGCGGCAGGUGACCCAGCGGAACCCCGUAGGACAGAAAAAGCGAAAGAUGUCCCUGUUGUUCGACCACCUGGAGCCCAUGGAGCUGGCGGAGCAUCUCACCUACUUGGAGUAUCGCUCCUUCUGCAAGAUCCUGUUCCAGGACUAUCACAGUUUUGUGACUCACGGCUGCACCGUGGACAACCCCGUCCUGGAGCGAUUCAUCUCCCUCUUCAACAGUGUGUCGCAGUGGGUGCAACUCAUGAUCCUCAGCAAGCCCACAGCCCCUCAGCGGGCCCUGGUCAUCACACACUUCGUCCACGUGGCAGAGAAGCUCCUGCAGCUGCAGAACUUCAACACGCUAAUGGCAGUGGUCGGAGGCCUGAGCCACAGUUCCAUCUCGCGCCUCAAGGAGACCCACAGUCAUGUUAGCCCUGAGACGGUCAAGCUCUGGGAAGGUCUCACGGAACUGGUGACAGCCACAGGGAACUAUGGCAACUACAGACGCCGGCUGGCAGCCUGCGUGGGCUUCCGCUUUCCCAUCCUGGGCGUGCACCUCAAGGACCUGGUGGCCCUGCAGCUGGCACUGCCUGACUGGCUGGACCCCGCCCGGACCCGACUUAAUGGGGCCAAGAUGAAACAGCUCUUCAGCAUCCUGGAGGAACUGGCCAUGGUGACCAGCCUUCGGCCACCAGUGCAGGCCAACCCAGAUCUGCUGAGCCUACUCACGGUAUCUCUGGAUCAGUAUCAGACGGAGGAUGAACUCUACCAGCUGUCCCUGCAGCGGGAGCCGCGCUCGAAGUCCUCGCCAACCAGCCCCACAAGCUGCACCCCACCUCCCCGGCCCCCGGUGCUGGAUGAGUGGACCUCAGCCGCCAAACCCAGGCUGGAUCAAGCACUCCUAGUGGAACACAUCGAAAAGAUGGUGGAGUCUGUGUUCCGGAACUUUGACGUCGAUGGGGACGGCCACAUCUCACAGGAAGAGUUCCAGAUCAUCCGUGGGAACUUUCCUUACCUCAGCGCCUUUGGGGACCUCGACCAGAACCAGGAUGGCUGCAUCAGCAGGGAGGAAAUGGUGUCCUACUUCCUGCGCUCCAGCUCGGUGCUGGGCGGCCGCAUGGGCUUCGUGCACAACUUCCACGAGAGCAACUCCUUGCGCCCCGUUGCCUGCCGCCACUGCAAGGCCCUGAUCCUGGGCAUCUACAAGCAGGGCCUCAAAUGCCGAGCCUGCGGUGUGAACUGCCACAAGCAAUGUAGAGACCGUCUGUCCGUUGAGUGCCGGCGCCGGGCCCAGAGCGUGAGUCUGGAGGGGCCUGCGCCCUCGCCCUCGCCCACACACACCCAUCACCGAGCCUUCAGCUUCUCCCUGCCCCGCCCAGGUAGGCGAGGCUCCCGGCCUCCAGAGAUCAGAGAGGAGGAGGUGCAGGCCGUGGAGGAUGGCGUAUUUGACAUCCACUUGUAAUUGAUGCUGUGACUGGAUCAAACACUCAGGCCUGCCUUGGAGAAAAGACUUGGACCACAGCAGGAAGCCUGGGGUGCUGGGGCAGCAGGCUGGGGCUGGGGGGUGGGGUGGGGGGUGAGGGUGGCAUGCAGCUGAGGGUUGGGCCGGGGCUGGUGUCCCUAAGGUUGUACAGAUUCUUGUGAAUAUUUGUAUUUUCCAGAUGGAAUAAAAAGGCCCAUGUAAUUAACCCAG